UUUUUGCAAACUCAAAUAUGAACAUAGGAAGUAACAGUGCAUGUUCAAUUGACUAUCGUAUCGACAGCAUAGACUGUAUGCUAGGCAUACAUAAGUUUAGAUCAGUAAGGUGAGCUAGAGAUACAAGACGGAGUGGGAGCAGUGUGGGACAAAAAUGUUGGGAGGAAGCGAUUAUACGAGGUAAAAGGAUGUAAUCCUUAAAUAUUCUUCCAGUCAAAAACAGUAAAAUUACAAUAUAAAAAAGCGUCGACUUAGCAGUUAAUUUAGCCAAGAAACUAGUCAACACUACCCCAACCUUCAUGACCCAAGGAGCAGAGUCUCGUGAUUUACGUUUCUUUAAUGGGAAGUCUUCCCCACAAGCUGUUGCGUACGUUUAUGACUUAUGACAGACGGCGUAACUUCCGGGUUUGUCGAAAAGUCUAUGCUAUAAACAUCAGACUACGAAGGAUGGCUACAGCAGAUUUUAAAAUCUUACCUGGGUAUGUAAAUGCACGACUUGAUGAGGAGAAACCCAUAUUUAACAAACAGCGUAUUGACUUUUCACCUCCUGAGAAUAUCAAUUUUCUUGUGGUCUGCAACAAGCAGCUGUGCAUGAGUAUAGGGAAGGACACUGUACUCAGACUUGAUGUAAAGAAGCCAGACCAGCCAAACGAAAUUGAACUUGGACGGAAGGAUGAGGCGAAGGUUUACAAACUGUUUCUAGAUCCCACAGGUUCCCAUUUACUGAUUGCAUUAAACACAAAUGAAUGUCUCUACUUGAACAGAAGUACACAAAAGGUGAAGACCCUGUCCCGAUGGCGAGGCCACCUGAUUGAGAGUGUAGGCUGGAACAAAUCUGGCACAGAGAAUAAUACUGGUCUAAUUCUUGUUGGAACCAGCCAGGGUCAGAUCUAUGAGUCCGAGAUUGUAUUUAGUGAUGGCAGUCUUUUCAGCACAAACCCAGACCAGUACUUCCGAUUAGUCUUCACUUUGGAAGAAGAUGUCAGCCCAGCACCUGUUUGUGUUUUAGAAAUUGACCGUGUAUUUGAGAAGCAUUUUGUCAUUGCUACUACUCCUAAGCGCCUUUUCCAGUUUGUUGGAAGGGUCCCUGAAUCUACAGAGCAGCAAGGUUUCAGUCUUCUGUUCAGCCAAUAUUCAGACAAGUUGCCUCCCUUUCGAGAAUUUCCACAUAGCCUUGGCUACAGUGAUGUUGCUUUGUAUACUUCUAAACUGCGUUCUUCACCCUCUGCAUUUGCAUGGAUGAUGGGAGAUGGUGUAAUGUAUGGAGCAUUCGAUUUUAGCCGCUCUGAUUCUUCCCUUAGUGAUUUUAAAAUCUGGGAUUAUCCUCCCACUAUAAACAUGAAGUUCAGUAAGCCUCUCUCCAUAGUUCUUACUCAGUUCCAUUUUCUUUUGUUACUGCCUGAUCGGGUGAAAGCAGUUUGUACUCUCAAUGGAGAAGUGGUGUUUGAAGAUAUCUUCCCAGAAAAGUUUUGUCCCUUGAAGCGCAUGGUUAAAGAUCCCAUUUCUGGUGUGACUUGGAUCUAUGCAGAUAAGGCAGUUUUUCGCUACUCUGUAGAAAGGGAGUCCAGGGAUGUGUGGCAGAUGUACAUGAACAUGGAAAAGUUUGAAUUAGCCAAAGAGUAUUGUAAGGAGCGCCCUGAAUGUCUUGAUGUUGUUUUGGCCCAAGAAGCAGAGCACUGCUUUCAGAAAAAGAAAUAUAUGGAAAGUGCCAAGUGCUAUGCACUUACUCAGAACUACUUUGAGGAAAUUGCUCUCAAGUUUAUUGAAGCAAAGCAAGAAGAGGCACUUAAAGAAUUCCUGGUUAAAAAGCUCAGUACCAUGAAUCCUUCAGAAAAAACACAGGUCACUCUUCUGGUCACUUGGCUCACAGAACUCUACCUCAAUAGAAUAGGUACUUUAGAAGGUGAUGACAUCUCCAAGCAGAACCUUUAUACAGAAGUAAGGAAUGAGUUCCGUAGAUUCAUCAGUAACCCAAAGAUCAAAGAAUGUCUGUUUAAUAACAGAGUGCUCAUCUAUGACCUACUUGCUAGUCAUGGAAACCUGGAGGACAUGGUCUUUUUCUCUGUGAUCAUGCAGGACUAUGAACGGGUCAUUUCCCAUCACUGUCAGCAUGAUGACUAUGAGGCAGCACUAGAUGUCCUCUCAAAGCACAAGGAUGAAAAGCUGUUCUACAAGUUUUCUCCUGUACUCAUGCAGCACAUUCCAAAGAAGGUUGUGAAUGCUUGGAAGAGUAUGAGUAAGAAGCUGGAUGCAAAGAAUUUGAUACCAGCACUUGUUAACUACAGCCAGAGUGGAAGCACUGAGCAAAUCACAGAGGCUAUACGCUACAUGGAGUUCUGUGUUUAUGAACUAGAGGUUACAGAUCAAGCCAUACAUAACUACCUUCUCUCUCUUUAUGCUCAGUACCAGCCUAAUUCCCUGCUUUGGUAUUUGGAGCAGGCUGGGACUGAUCCAAAGCAGAUUAACUAUGACCUGAAAUAUGCACUGCGUUUGUGUGCUGAGCACGGGCACAAUCGAGCAUGUGUCCACAUCUACAGGAUAAUGGGCCUGUAUGAGGAAGCAGUUGAUCUUGCAUUACAGGUAGAUGUGGACCUUGCAAAGUCAUGUACAAGUAUACCUGAAGUUGAAGAAGAUGUGGAACUACAGAAGAAACUGUGGUUGAAAGUUGCCCGUCAUGUUGUUCAGGAGGAGAAAGAUGUAAAAAAGGCAAUGGCAUGCCUUUCCUGUUGCAACCUGCUGAAAAUCGAAGACAUUCUUCCUUUCUUUCCUGAUUUUGUCACAAUUGACCACUUUAAGGAAGCGAUCUGCAGCUCCCUGGAGGAAUACAAUCUUCACAUUGAUGAGCUGAAAAAAGAAAUGGAAGAAGCCACAGAGAGUGCUAAGAGGAUCCGUGAAGAUAUUCAGGAGAUGAGGAACAAAUACGGUGUGGUAGAAUCUAAUGACAAGUGCUCAUCUUGUGACUUGCCACUCUUAAACCGUCCAUUUUACCUGUUUUUGUGUAACCACAUGUUCCAUUAUGACUGUUUGCUGCAGGAAGUUCAUCCUCACUUGUCCUCCUUUAAGCAGAACAAACUGGAAGAGCUUAAGCUGAAACUUGCAGCCACUGGGCAGCCUGCUAAGUCUCGCAACCAGCGAAAAGAUGAGGACACUGUGAGCCUUGGCAAAGGGCAAAUAAGCAGAGAGCAGAUCAAGGCAGAUAUUGAUGACAUCAUUGCCUCAGAAUGCUUUUACUGUGGUGAGCUGAUGAUCAAGUCUGUCUCUAAGUCCUUCAUUAACCCUGAGAUGUACGAGGAGGAAUUACAAAGUUGGUUGUAAAAUGCUUUUGCAGCUUACAAAUUGAAAGAGCAGUUUGAGCAGUAAUGGUGAAUAAGUAAAGGUGAAGCAAGAAGGCAAGAUCCUAGACAGUGGAUGGCUAGAUAAUAAAUUCCAAGUUGUUUGCUUCAGUAUCUGUCAAAUACAUAUCAUUGCAGAGCAGUGUUGUUUCUUUAAUGUGUGACUAUGAAUUCCAUUACAGUGCUGGUCUUGAGAGCAGUGACUGAUAUAUAGCUGCUGUUGAGCUAUGGUAAGCAGAUAAAAGGAUUUACCCCACCCCCACCCCUUCCAGAACUGCCAUGUUCUCAAAUAAACCUUAGCACAAUCAGAAGCUGUUCAGCCUUCGUUUAAUGGAAUAUCUUGCAGUCCUACUGUUAUUUCCUUGCGUUUUGUGUAGACAUCAAAUUUUGCCAUUUUUGCUGUAAUCCCUUUGCACUUUACCAGAUGUUUAAGUGGUUUUCUCUGUGCAACACCAUGGGCACUUUCCUGCAAGAAGAAGAGGGUAUGCUGGGCAGCUAGUUCACCAGAAGGAGUUCUAAAUCUAUGGAGUGCAAAAUGGAAAAUCGUAUUUUGCCUAGUGUUUUGAUCAAGAAUAAUGUUAAGAACAGAUCUUUGUACAGACUUUAGAAUUCCUGUAUAAUAACGUGGUCUGCAUGUCUUCCCCAUGUAUGCAUUUUUCUUCAGUGAUGGGGUGCUUUUUCUUCAUCCAACAGCCCAAAGGUGUGCUGGUAGGAAUGGAUAUACAUCUUCUGUUAUGGACUGGCAUCCUGUAGAAGAUUAGUUCUGUGUGCCUUACAUCCACAGAGUGCCAGGAUAGCCUUCAGCCUCUCUGUUAAUAUGAAUCAGAUAAAACCGCUGUCAGUGAAUAAAUGAACAUUUCAGUUUUAGUUUCUGUCAGUGACUAUUUUGAGCAACAGUUCCGUAUGAAGUCUUUUUGGAUGGCAUCUGUAGUUCUAUUACAUGUUGUUAUCCAUUGCCUGUGACAUAGCAGAGGUUUCCAUGCUAAUCAGUUGAGUAACACGCUGAGGAUUAGAACAGGAUCUGAAGACAGAAAAGCAGUAUUAAAAAAAAAAAACAUUGUAUGCAUAUUUCUUAAUGGUAAAUGUUUAGUAUUUGCCUGUUAGUAUGUAAAGUGGACUUGUAACAAAAAGUCAGCAGGAAACAGUACUAUGGUAAAUGCUACUUCCUAACAAAUAAAUAAAGCAUACUUAAUAAUAAAUUAAACUCUUGUAUUAAAAAUGUAAAA